AUCUUGCAUUCGCCCUCUUAAAACUUCACCGCUUGAUUUCUCUCAGUCUUCGCGUUCUGCACACCUACACUCUCAAUACCGCAAACGGAACAUUAUAUCGCGUCGAGACCAUCAACAAAGCAUAAUCGCCACCUGAAACGAAACAAACAUCCGGCCAUGCCUGGCCGCACACUUCCGACGCUGCCCAGCGCAGAAGUCGCCUCGCACAACACCGCCGAUUCCUGCUAUGUCACCGUCGGCACCAAAGUCUACGACAUCACACCUUUCCUCGAGGAUCAUCCGGGAGGCGGCGACCUCAUUCUCGACUUUGCGGGCAGGGAUGUGAAAGAGGCGAUGGAGGACGAGGCGUCGCACGCACAUUCCGAGUCAGCAUGGGAGAUCUUGGACGACUACCUCGUGGGAUUUGUCGCAACACAGAAGGUGUUGGAUGCCGUGCAGGAGAGCUCAGACCCGUUCAGCGUGUUGCCGAUGGAGCCGAGUAAGAAGGGCAUGGAGGAGUUGUCAAAGGCCGAGAAUGGAUCAGUGCAGGAAGGCAAGGCAGUGUAUGAGUCGACGGGCAUGAGUUCAGAGGCGGAUCUAAACAAAGAGACGGACCCGAACCAGGACUUUGUGAAGCACAAGUUUUUGGACCUGAAUAAGCCGCUGCUGAUGCAGGUGUGGUUCGGCGGCUUCAGCAAGAAGUUCUACUUGGAGCAGGUCCAUCGACCGAGACAUUACAAGGGAGGCGAGUCAGCACCGUUGUUUGGAAACUUCCUCGAGCCAUUGAGCAAGACACCGUGGUGGGUUGUGCCUACAGUCUGGCUUCCUCCUGUCGCAUUCGGCACAGUUCUGAGCGGAAUGCAACUCGGCAUGCCUUCAUUGGUGGGAUACUGGAUUGUCGGUCUCUGCAUCUGGACGAUCGUAGAGUACGGUCUCCACCGGUGUCUCUUCCACCUCGACGACCACCUUCCUGACAACCGAGUCGCAAUCACAUUGCAUUUCUUGCUACAUGGCAUCCACCACUACCUACCCAUGGACCGCCUUCGACUUGUGAUGCCACCGACACUCUUCCUCGUCCUUGCGACACCAUUCUGGAAGCUCGCGCAUACCGUCUUCUUCUACAACUGGUACGCCGCGACGGCCGUCUACUGCGGUGGCAUCUUCGGCUACAUCUGCUACGACUUGACGCAUUACUUCCUCCACCACAAGAACCUUCCAUCAUACUACCGCGACCUCAAGAAAUACCACCUCCAGCACCACUUCAUGGACUACGAGAACGGAUUCGGCGUCACCAGCCGUUUCUGGGAUCGCAUCUUUGGUACCGAACUCGCGCCUCCGCCGACGCCGAAGGUGCUCAAGUCGCUUUGA